GCGGAGACCCUAAAUGGGGGCAAGCAGGGCGGCCGCGGUUGCUUCUCACGCUAGUGCAGUGGCGGCUCAGAGGCUUGCAGUGCUUUCCGGCCGGCCGUCGUUUUCAGAGUCGUUAUGGUGGGCUGUUGCAACCCUUUCCGAGCGGCGGUGGGGCUGGGUGUCGUCGGCCUGGCGUGCCUGGCCUUCGGGGUCUUUUUGAUCGUCAUGGUGCCCGCCAUUGUGAAGGACCAGGUGGCCAAGAAUGUGCGUCUCAGUCCCAAAGGCAUGGUGUUCAAGUUGUGGAAGGACAUCCCAGUGCCACUCUUCAUGUCUCUCUAUAUCUUCGAGGUGCUGAAUUCAAAGGAAGUUCUUCGGGGAGCAACGCCAGCCGUGGCCCAACGUGGCCCUUAUGUAUACAGGGAACAGAGAGAGAAAACAAACAUAACUUUCCAUAAUAAUGGUACAGUCUCCUUCUUGGAGUAUCGGUAUUUUAAUUUCCAGCCAGACUUGUCAAAUGGGUCAGAAUCAGACUACGUCAUCGUACCAAAUAUCCUGGUGAUGGGAGCUGCGGUGAUGUUCGAGCAUCUGCCGAUGCCUAUGAGGCUGACUCUCAGUAGCGCAUUUGUCGUCUUCGGACAGGGUGCUUUCAUGAACCGGACAGUGGGAGAAAUCAUGUGGGGUUAUGAGGACCCGCUUAUCGACUUCCUGAACUCCCUCAAGCCGGGGUUGCUUCCGUUUAAAGGGAAAUUUGGUUUGCUUUCUGAACUGAACAAUUCACAUUCAGGGCUGUUCACAGUGAACACUGGCAUGGAGAACAUCUCCAAAAUCCAUAUGGUGGAUACUUGGAACGGAUUAAAAAAGGUGCCUUACUGGAACUCAGAUCAGUGCAACAUGAUCAACGGAACUAUUGGGCAGUUGUGGCCUCCAUUCCUUACCUCUUCCUCACCUAUAGAAUUGUACAGUCCUGAUGCCUGCAGAUCCAUGAGGUUUACCUAUAAUAAAUCCGGGGAAUUCAAAGGAAUACCUACAUUCCGGUUUUUGGCUCCAAAGACAUUGUUUGCCAAUGGAAUAGACUAUCCACCCAACGAAGGCUUUUGCCCAUGCCGCCAGUCUGGAAUCCUGAAUGUCAGCUCCUGUCGGUUCAAUGCACCAUUAUUCAUUUCCCAUCCACACUUCCUGAAUGCUGACCCUGAGCUGCUAAAGACAGUGGAUGGCCUGCAUCCCAAUGAAGAAGAGCAUGGACUUUUUGUAGAUUUGCAUCCGCUGACUGGCAUUCCUAUGAACUUUUCCAUCAAAAUGCAGCUCAGUCUCUUUAUGAAGAAAGUCCCUGGCAUAUUGCAAACAGGGACAGUCAAGCCAGUUGUGUUACCUCUUCUUUGGUUUGCAGAGAGUGGAGAGAUCCAAGGCGAUGUCUUGACAAUGUUCUAUACCAUUUUGCUUAUCCCUGUUAUACUGGGCUACGCACAAUAUUUCCUGGUUGCACUUGGAGGUGUUCUGCUUUUAAUUGCUGCUCUACUUAUGCUCAAGAACAAGACUUUGAAGGAUGGGCCCAUUUCGAUUCAGACCCCAUCUACCAUAACGUUUUUUAAUCCUGGAUCCGGCACUGACUAUAAAUAUCAGGGCCCUCAGAGAGAUGCUCAAGUAAAGACUCCGCUGAUGUCAAAUCUACCAAACGGCCAACUUGAGGAUUCAGACACUGCCCCUCUUCUGCAAAAGGACUUGAGCACAGUUCAUCCCAGGGUUGUUUCCUACACGUGAUACCUCUGUUCCUCUUCACGAAAGAUCCCUAUGAGCUUUCACCAAUAGACUUGGGGGUGAGGUGGAUCCAGACAAACAAAUUCAACCACCUCUGUUCUACUUUAUUGAAGUUAGGAGAUAUGUCCCAGCCUUCUUCCACAAACCAUGAGUUUGUGGGAAACUUCAGGAAAGCUUCUUGCGCAAAAGGUUGCACUAUUCUUUGGAUCUUAAGGACAAUGGAGAGCCUGUGUGUGAGGAACGGUGUGUCUCUGCCAUUAUGUAUUUCCACGUGACUGGAAGAGUGGCAGCUGAAGGUGGUUCUUCACUUCCGUGACAGUAGCUCUCCAGUUCUCUGAAAGCUGAUAUAUAUAUAUAUAUAUAUUGUUAAAAAGCCUGAAGGCACAUUUUGAUAGUCGAUAAGAUCCCAGAGUUUAUGUUGCUGAUGUUUGCUAUUUGAGGGCUAUGAAGCUUCUAUAGAUCUAAACUGACCUAAAGUUUUGUAUUACAAACCUUUCUUUCUCUCCCCUUGUUUAAAAAAUAAGGUGAUUCCUUACAUGCACUGGAUGCUGAUGCCUUCGCUACCACCCACCUUCCCACAGCAACCUAUCAACAGCUUAAUCUGAAGGUUGGGAAACCCCCAAAGUGGCAUUCAGCAGAGCACUCAGAAAUUAACAUUGGUUUGCAGGGGGAGCAGCAGGAUGGAAAUUGCAUCUGUGAAAGCUGUUCAGGUAGAUUCUCUUGGAUCCCAUGCAAUACUUUGCACUCCACAAGUAGUCUUUACUUCUUAGAAAUACACGCCCAGUCAAAUGCUGUCAUCAUUUUUGUAUGUUUUAAUCCGACUGGAAACACGAUGCAUACUUGCUCACUCAUGUACAUCCAUUAAACUGUUUUUUAAUGGGUA